AUGGAAGCCAUUUGUUAUGAGAUGGCUGUGCAGAUGGUGGCCACAUCUCUUUACAGUGUCUAUCGAGGAAGGAGAAAUGGACUUCAUGAACGUAUAAAUUAUUUCAAUCUAAAAACUGCUGAUUUUGGGGGAACGGGGCCUGACAGCCAAAAUGGCUGGACGUGCUUUUUAUCAUCUCUGGCUCCUGUAAGAAUUAAAAGAGAGAUUAUUGUACGAACCUGCAUCGGAAACUACUUUAUAAUACCAGUUGACCACUUCGCUAACCUUGUGGGAUCACGGGGAUACCCGACUCAUUCAGCAGCACCAGACAACUUCAAAACUCAGUCUCGAGGUCUAGCAUGCUGCGUGACCCUUUGGACCGGCGCGGGUUAUACCGAUCCCCGCAAGGGAGAGUCUUCUGCAACAGCAGGACAUACCUAA